GCAGCGGGCGAGGCGGGGCCGGGCAAGUUUGUUCCCUGAGUUUGGAGCCCCGAGGUUCCCGCGGCUGUCGCGCCGGUGCCCUCCGCGGGGGUCGGGAUGGAGCUUCCGGCCGUGAACCUCAAGGUGAUUCUCCUGGUUCACUGGCUGCUGACAAUCUGGGGCAGCAUGGUGUUUGGAGGACCCUAUUCCUGGGCCAACUUCACUGUCCUGGCCUUGGGCGUGUGGGCCGUGGCUCAACGGGACUCCAUCGAUGCGAUAAGCAUGUUUCUGGGGGGCUUGCUGGCCACCAUCCUGCUGGACAUCAUCCACAUCAGCAUCUUCUACCCCCGGUCCACCAACUCAGCCACGGAGCAGUUCAGCGCCGGCAUGGCCAUCCUCAGCCUGCUGCUUAAGCCCUUCUCCUGCUACUUGGUGCACCACAUGUACCGUGAGCGCGGAGGCGAGCUCCACUUCCACUCUGACUUCCUUGGGCCUUCUCAGGAGCGCAGUGCCUACCAGACAAUUGAGUCCACAGAGGAGCCUGCAGAGCCCUUCGCAGGCCUUGAGGCCAGGGGUCCAGCUGGCCGAGGGUACUGAAGACAGCCCCCUACCUGGCCCCACCUGGCCACAUCACAGUCCUGGUGCCUGGGAGGUCCUGGGGGCACCCCUGACCUUUACUGGAUGGAGCUAUCUUCCUGUCCCCAUUUCAGGGGUUGGGGCUGCCGAGUCCCGUGUCCGAGGGGCCAUGGCUGCCCAAUCCCAUGAACUCAUCUGUUCUCACUCUCUGAGGCCUGCUGUCCCUCCAGAGCACCCCACGGGUCCCCACGCUGGGUCUGUGGCCUCUUUCUUUUUUACCUCCCACCCCAUAGUUAUACCACGUAGGCCUUAAGCCCAGCUGAGUGUGGCCACCUCCUGGACCUGCCCCCAGCUGAUGGGGUCCUUCAGCCCCAAGCUCUGAGAGCUGCGGGUCACGCUCAGCUCCAGGAGCGGCUGGCGUGAGAGUGAGGUCCCCGUGCUUCUUCCUGCCUGGCCACUUGGUGCCAGGGGCCCAGGCCUGAACUCCAGAGGACCUGCCACACCGUGGGGACUUUGGGGAUUAAAGUUUGGGGAUUCUGGGACUGGACUGUCCUGAGCCAUAUUUAAUUUCCUGGGUGGAUGGGCCCCUGGCUUGCCCGGACUGCUUUCUCUCCCGAGUCCCCAGGAGGAGCCUCAGCCAAACUGCCUGGGCUGGACUGAGGUGGCCGGAGGAAGCAGGGCUCCCCUGAGCCUGCUGUGCUGCAGUGCCACAGCGGAGGAGGGCAUGGUGGGUGUGGCGCGUGCGCGUCCUUUCUCUGACUGCGCUUGUGAGGCAGAAAGCCGUCAUGAGCAGGCAGGCGGCUGGUGCUGACUGCAAAGCCAAGCAAGCCCUGACAUUUUCCUUCCUCCACUGUCUUGAUCAUUAGCUAUAGAUAAGAUCCAUACAACCUGUGGUUUCCAGCUUUAGCUCAAAAGGACAGAACCCCCUCCAAGUGCACUGCUAAGCUCCAGGCCCCAUGUAAAGUCCAGACCCUGGGUGAGGGGUUAGCAAAAUCUCAGGGCCUCAAACUGAAUGGAGCUGUCCGCCCGGAGUACGCAGGGACCUCCUCCUCUGAAUUGGGUAAACGCAGCCCAUUUUGUUUGUUCAAGAACUGUGACCUCAGAAAAAGGAAAGCAAGUUCCUUAAAAGACCCAGUUACACGGAUGCAACCCGAGACCUCCGUCAGUGCAGCCGCCACCUCGGCGCUUGCCCAGCUUUGAAAAUGUGUCGUUUUGCAAUAAACGCUACCUACUCCGAGAUGG